AUGGUGCACAUCUGGGGCGGGGUUUACGUACCUCCGGACGAGUCUGCCGAGCUGCAGGAGAUCGAGGACACCAAGCACAUGGUGUCGCAUCGCUUUGCAGAGGCGCUUGUGGCCGCCAAGGUGCCGUUCAAGCUGCAUGUGAUCGUUGGGCCCUCUGACACAGACUCCAUUGCCAGGGUGGUGAGCGCCAAGGCCGCUGAUCUGGGGGCGCAGCUGGUCGUGGUCGCGCGGCACAGCAAGGGCAAGCUGAAGGAGUUUCUGGUGGGCUCGGUGACGGCGUCCAUUGUCAAGAGUUGCACGUCACCGGUGCUGGUGGUGCCCCAUCCCUCGAUUCCAUGA